UAGAAUUCAUUGAGUUCGAGAUUUCAAACAUGUCUACCGCGUUAAUGGCUUAUUUAGUGUGAAAUAAUCGUUAAUAUUUCGACAAAAAUGUGGUUUAUUUAUAUAUAAAUAGAAUGGGACAGUUUAGAAAUGGGUUGACUCUUAAAUAAUCGAGAUAAAGUCGUUUAUAUAAACCCCGUUUUUUUUUUUUUUUUUUUUUUUUAACUUUGCCAGACGACAUGCUACCGUCGUCCGGUUACUUUCAAAGCGUUAUUUGUCCGUUUUUUAACAGUGGAUUGUGCGAAAGGCCCCAUUGCCACUUCAGACACGUCAAGAAAGAGACAUUUGGAAAAUCAACAUUUAAUACGUUAAUUGAUGAAUCCCUUAUUCGAAAUGCUAGAGAAGAUGGAAGAGAGCCAGAUAUACUUGAAAUGGUGGAUAAUGCUAUUAAACAAGCAGAGCGUGACGUAGAACGAAAUAAAGCUGUACUUGAGGCUACCAGUGCAUUAAGUAGCAAGCAAUAUGAAAGUGUUGCUCCGGUUAUUUAUAUUCCAACUCCAAAGUCAUCUGUUCCUACAUCUAGAUCUGUAUCCCAUGUUGAACCAAAGAUUUCAAAGAGCUCUUCUAUUCCUCAGUAUCAUCCCACACCUAUUUCAAAAUUGAAGAAAUUGCAAAAACAGUAUGAUCCAGUAAAUAAUUUUUCAACGCCAGUGCAACCUGUAAAAAGAAAAAAACAUAGUGAAUAUAAAAUUUCUGAAGCUAAAUAUAUAAUAAGUGGUAAAGAAUCUUCUGAGGAAGAUGAUGGUUACAUACCAAAAAAAGUUAAUUUAAGUGAAAAUAAAGAAGUAGAUAUACAAAAAGAAAUUUGCAAAUUUUCUGAAAGUGAUGAUGAUCAAGAUAUAACGGCAGAGUUUAGUGCUAAUGAUAGCGAUGGUGAGAAAGAUGAUAUACCAAAUAUAAGUGAGAGCAAUAAAUCAGUUGAUAUACAAAAUAAAUUAUUGGUAUCAGAUAUACAAACUAAUAAUACGUUAAAUAGUCAAACAGAAGAAAAAUCUCCUGUAAAUAAAGCAAUAAAUGAGUUCAGUUUAGUAGAUAAAAUAUUGUUAGAAAGUAAAAAAUGUGAAGAAAUUAUUAAUAAUUCAAAAAAUAAAACAGAUAUAAUUUUGUCUAAUAAAUUAAGUAUUGACAAGAGUGACAAAAUUAUAAACAACAGCAAAAUACAUAAUGAAAAAAGUCAUAAUCUCAAUAAAGUAAAACAUAAAACGGAAAGACAUGAUGAAACUGAUAUUAAAUCUAAAACAUUAAUAAAGAAAAAAUCAGAAACUGAUGAGUCUCUGCAGAAGAAAAAUCAUUCUGAUAGUAAAUUGAAUAAAGAAAAGAAAUCUGAUAAACAUGUCGAGAAAACGGUUAAAUUAAAAACUGAUAAAGCACAAAAACUUCCUGUCACAGAAGCAAAGCAUAAAGAAAAAACUAAAUCUCAUUCAUUUUUGAAGGACACUGAAGUGAAUUCAGUUGCAAAAUCUAGCAAUAAAAAACAUGCUGAAGACUCAAAAACUAGAAAAGAUGUUUCAAAUCAUAAAAGUCCAAGGAGAGAUAGGUCUGUAAGUAUAUCAAGUAAUGACGUAUCAGAUGAUACAAAAAUAAAAGAAAUAAAAACUGAGAAAAAUUCAAAGAAAAUAACAGAAGGAAACACUAAAAUUUCUAAAUCUGAAGCUGAAAGUAAAGGAAAGGAAGCAAAAGAAAAUAGCAAAGCUUCCAAAUCUGAAAACAAAGGAAAAGAAAUAAAAGGUGAGAAAAAUUCAAAGAAGAAAUUAGAAGAAAGUAAAUCCUCGAAACAUGCAGGAAAGUCAAAAAGUAGUGAAAAAAUUGAAUCAUCUCAUAAAAAAUCUAAGUCAAAAGAUACGUCUAAGACUGAUAAAAAGGAAAAUGAAAAUGAAGUUGACAGCUGUAAUUUUUCUAAUACUAAUUUUGAUAUCUCUGAUGUUGCAAUAGAUCUUGAUAGUGAUUUAGAUGAACAUGAUACAUAUGAAGAAUGCUGGAAGAUAUUUAAUGAAGAGAAUGAAAAAAAAGAUCCUCUAUCGGAAGAAGCUAAUUUAAAUAAAAUUCGUCAAAUAGAAGAAUCUAAAGUGAAAGAUGAAGAAAUAGUCAUAUUAGGAAAAAAACGUGUUGCACAUCAACCAUCUCUUUCAAGAACUGUUUCAAAUGUAACUACUACACGUUUGUCACCGGGCCAAGUUCUACAUAAUAGGUAUUCUAAAUUACAAGAGAUGUAUCGUAAUGCAGACAAGACCGAAGAAAAGAAGGCAAAUAGUGCAUUUUUAAGCCGACUAACACAGUUUGAAGUUGGUAAGAAAAGAAUUGCUCAUGUUCCAAAUGCAUCUCUUUUGGUAGCAGCUGCUGAGAGACAAAAGUUAUUGAAUAAAACUCUCACUGUUACUGCUUCUACUAGUGCAACCACAGCAACGACUGUGGCAAAGGGAGAAAGAAGGAUAGCUCAUGUUCCCAUAAUGCUUAAAAGUAAAAGACCAGUCAUUCCUGCUGAAUAUGGAAGUAAAGUGCCUUGUAACAUUCGGCAGCGGUAUCUGGAAAACUUUAUUGAUGAAUGCUUGAAAUUUUGUGAAAAUGAAGAGCAGGCAUUUCAAGUUGCUCUUGAAGAAGAAAAGAAUGCCUAUAACAGAAGUUCAAAUAAAACUGUUUACUUAAAUGUUGCAGUGAAUACACUUAAAAGACUUAGAAAUAAAAGACCAAUAAUAGAUAUUAAUUCUGAAGAUAAUUUGGAAAGUAAGAGAUCAAAAUUAGUUGAUAGUAAUUUAAAUAAGACUAUUUCACAUGAAUAUGUUUUGGGUGGACCAAAAGCUGCAAAAACCAGCUUUAGUAUUGAAAGAAGAAAAGUAGUAAAAAUUGAUGAUGACAUAAAGGGCAAAAAACUAUACAAUUUAUUGAAACCUUAUAUUAUGACUGAGAAGCAGUUAGAGGAAAAUGGUUUUCCACGCUUGGAUCCAGCUAAUCCAGGAAAAGCAAUUAUUACAAAUUCUUACCAGAAAAAGCCAGUUUGCAAUAAUCCUUUAGAAAGAACCUGCUGUCGUUGUCAAACAAAAUAUCGAGUAACGGUGAAAGGAAAAUAUGUUAAAGAAGAAGAAUGUAUUUAUCAUUGGGGUCGUUUAUGGAAACGGAGAAUUGCAGGAGCUAUUGAGAGUAGAUAUUCCUGUUGCCAAGGUGAUUCUUUAUCAGAUGGAUGCUGUGUUGCUAAGGGCCAUGUGUUUGAAAAUAAUGAAACAGAAAAUUUGUCUGGUUAUGUGAAAACAUUGAUUAAAUCUCCUCCACCUGAUGACAAUUACGGAACCUAUGCAUUGGAUUGUGAAAUGUGUUAUAGUACAGCUGGUGUAGAAUUGGCAAGGAUUACAGUAAUUGGUCCAGAUCUGAAACCUGUAUAUGAAACAUUAGUUAAACCAGAACAUGAGAUUUUGGACUUAAAUACUCGAUUUAGUGGCAUUAAUGAAGGUGAUCUAGAUAAGGUGUCGACAACUAUAGAAGACGUUCAAGCUGUUCUACUUAGUUUAUUUAAUAGUAACACCAUUCUUAUUGGUCACUCUUUAGAAAGUGACUUCAAAGCAUUAAAACUAAUUCAUAGCACUGUAGUAGAUACGUCAGUUGUAUUUCCUCACAAAAUGGGUCCUCCCUACAAGAGAGCACUGCGCACCCUAAUGGCAGAAUAUUUGAAUAAGAUCAUUCAAAAUAGCGUUGAUGGACAUGACAGUCAAGAAGAUGCUCUAGCAUGCAUGGAAUUGAUGCUGUGGAAGAUAAAAGAAGAUGUAAAAAAGUCACUGAGGUGACAGAUUUUAUUUUGGUUGCAAAACUUGUGGAUCCAAGUUGUCCAGAUUAAGCAGCCACAUCUCAUGUAAAUAUUUUGAUAAUUCAAUACUUAACAUAAACGUCCAUAAAGUUGUUUCUGUAAAUAUCUAAGUUGUAAAAUUUGUUUUUCACUGUAUUACUAUCAACAUUAAAUAGGUCACUUUUUUUUUAUAA